CCCCUGACCCUGCAACGUCCUCCCCCAACCAAAAAGGGGACAACCAGCGAGGCCACAAUGUUGCAGACGUUGCCUGUUAUCAACGUGACCGUUCAGGGAAUGGCCGUCGUCUGGUUGCUCAGCAGGCAGUCCUCUGACUUUGUCCCCCUCGGACAUUACCCAGAAGACCAUUUCACAGAGGAGAUCCCCCGCCAGCUGCAAAAGGAUUACAAAGCCGAGCUUGACAAGUUGUCGACCACAAUCAACAACAGGAACAAAACGUUGGAGAUCCCUUACACUUACCUGGAUCCAAAGAACGUCGAGAACAGCGUGGCCAUCUAAGCGUCGGAAAUAUAUGAUGUGAUAUUAGCCAUCCAUCCAUGUUUUAGCACCGCUAGCACAUCGGACUGGCACUUAAAAUGGCGGCAGACGUGCCUGCCCCUCCCCCCCAUCUGUUAUUGCGCAACGCCGCUUGGUGAAGCGUCACUUUAGAUUGGUGGCGACGCCGGGUAGUAAAUCACAUCCAAACUGUCUGUCACUCAAAAACACGUUUUAUUUACAAUCGGCUCUGCGCUGAUUUUGAAUAUGGUGAACAUGCAUAUGACGUAACGUUAAAAAAA